UAAAACCCCGAAGAAGAAGGUUGUCAGACGAAAACGUGUGCGACCAAAGGAAUCUACAGACAGGACAGGAGCAUGAUAACGUUGAAGGCCGAAGAAUAGAGGGCAUUUCAGUUAAUGUUUUACUGUCGUGAAUGUAUUACAUGUAAUUUGUAUAGCCAAGAGCGGGUCUUCUUGACAAGGGACAGCGCACGGUCGCACCACGCCACAGCUGACUGAUACAUCGCCGAUCGUAACUAACGUUAGGAGUGAAGCGAAGAAACGAAGAAAGUUCUCGGUCUCUUGGGCCGUUGUCGGUUUAGCACCAAAGUGACUGAUAAAACACUAACAUAGAUACAUAGAUUGUAUAAUGGCGGACUACCUGAUCAGUGGACAGACUAGUUACGUGCCCGAUGAUGGACUCAGCGGGCAGCAACUCUUCAACUACGGGGACGGCCUUACCUACAAGUAAUUAUUGGCAUUUGACAGUCACAUGGCUGCUUGUUGAAAUCCAUCACAAUUCGCUUGCGUUCUUGAGUUAACUUGAAUAACCUUUGUAGCUAGCUAGCUAGUAACCAGAGCCAUAUAUUUAGUCUUUGACACAUUAGCUAUACUAUUAUUUGUGCAUGCAUGGGAUUUGGGUGCUUUGGGUCAUUGCAGUACAUGCAAUUAUUUCUACAUGGCAAUGGGUCUACCGACUUAGGUUUCCCGGGUCAACUCAUUCUUUCAAGUGACAGCGAGUUAGGUAACAAUUUUACUUUGGGGACUGACUCAAAUCUACCAAAAUAAUAUCUGAAAGAAGUAGAUGGGUAUUUGGUAAGGUUCUGUAUAGGCCUGGCUAUAUUCAGCUAUGCAAGCCUGUGAUUUGAACUUUCCUCUAGAGGGUGUCUGGGACAUAUUUCUCAAAAUUGUAUUCAUCAAUAAUAAACCUACUUUCAGUGUCUGUUAUGAAACAUAUACACAAGACAAUAACUCAUUUUUGCAGUCGGUAGCUUAGUUUUCCAGCAGUUGAAUUAGGAAUACCAAGCAUGACUUGCCUUGUGUGACAAUGUAGCUAACUAAUUAUGACACCCUGGAGGCAUAAUUACAUUUUACAUUUGAGUAAUUUCAUCAUGUCAAGAUAUUCUAGAGUAUGGUUGUAUUGGCAUGAACAAUAAGCACUUGUUAGGCAGAAGUAUAGUCUAUUUGCCACAGUGCCUCAUCCAAUGAUGGUUUAUACACAUCAUUGGCCUCAUCACUUGUCUACUCUUUAGUGAAGUUACCAUCACAUCUCAUUCUGCGCAUUCCAUGCUUAAUAUAGGCCAAGUAUUCUCCUCCUAGAAACAUGGGCCUUCAUAGUACUCGUAUACACCUUCAUAGUACUCGUAUGCACGUGCAACAGCAUAUUUCAAAAUCUCAACUAGUUAGUACCAGACAGACAGUGUGCUUGGAAACUUAUCAUUAUAAUAAUAAAUGCCAUUUAGCAGAUGUUUUUAUCCAAAGCGAUUUAGUCAUGCUUGCAUCACUUCUCAGGACCUUUAGGAAUGUGUUGGUCAUCAGCACUAACCUGUGACAACACAGGACCCUGCUCAUCGCAUGCACACUCCACUCCGAUAUCAGUUAGUCCCACGUCGAGUUCCGGAUAUCGCAAUUUGCUCAGAUUAUCGAACACUGAACUUUUGCAUUCCCACUCAAGUGUUGUCGAAAGAUAUCGUAGAAUUUGGUACGGCCACUGUCAAUGAAAAAAAAUUGGAUAGAAUAUGACUUUAUUGUCCAUCUGAAGAAGGAACUUCACAUUUGGCUGCCCCUCGUGUAAUUUCGUAACACCUUACUGUACAUACUGACACGUGUGGAAUUGCAAAUGUGUAUGAAUAUCAUUGAUAGAUUGUAUGCAGCAUGUGAAGCCUGUCCCUGCUCUCCUCUCUCUUUCUUUCUCUCUCUCUCAGUGACUUCCUGAUUCUCCCAGGAUACAUUGACUUCACAUCGGAACAGGUGGUGAGUGGAACCCUUAUUCUUCAAGACAACAGGGCUUCUGACCCUCCGUGACCGGUGUCCUAUUCAUUAGUGCACACCAUAGCAAAACAUUUAGCAAUGGAAACCAAAAAUGUGUGUUUCUUAUCGGAUAAGUUCAGGUAGUCCCUCCCGUUUCAGUCCAUUUUCUUCCGUUUGUUGCCUAGUGAAUUCGACCCAAAUAUUCAAUUUAAGAUUACAAGAAAGACCUUCCCAUUGUAAUCUUGAUUGGCAACAGAGCGCUGUGAAAGGUUUGUUACUACAAUAAGUGUUUGUUACAUGUAGUAACUGGUUUGUGUCUUCUGCAGGAUUUGACUUCAGCCCUGACAAAGCAGAUCACCAUGAAAACACCUUUUGUAUCCUCCCCCAUGGACACAGUCACCGAGUCAGCGCUGGCCAUUGCCAUGGCAGUAAGUGGUGUAAACACACACACACUUUAGCAUGGCGACAUAAUGGAACGUUUUUAAAGUAGACUCAGCAAAACACAAAGUAAACAGCCGUGUUAGGCCAACUUUCAUAAAAACUAAGCUCGAUAAACGUGACGACAAUCUUCUUCACAGCUGUUGGCACAGCUACCAAGGAAGCAACAAGUAAUAAAAAACGUCUUUGCUGUCAAAGACCGAUCACAUGAUCACAUGGUGACAUGAGACCACAAGCAACAAACCCGCCACCCUAUAAAACCCCUGAUAGCAGAAACAUCCUCAGCUGUUGGAAAACAACCAGUACUUUCUCCCAGGGUAUGUUGAAGUGACUACAACAGCUGCAAAUAUGUGUCACUUAAAAUAGUAACCUAAGAUGGUUGUUUUGUAAAGCCCCCCCCAGAGGCAAACGUCGCAGUGGAAACAUCAGUCUUCACUGCAAAACAAAUGCCAAGAAUUCCCUUAAAGCUUGAAACUAGUUGUUCUGCAUAAGUCCUUACAGGCAACUUCAGCUAGAGAUCAUGUCUGAGGACACGCAUCCUCACUCACACACACAAACUGGCAAGUAAACAUGUUCUUCUGAUCAUCUUUCAGCUCACAGGAGGAAUAGGCUUCAUCCACCACAACUGCACUCCAGAGUUCCAGGCCAACGAGGUCCGCAAGGUCAAGGUAAUGACCCCUACUACAAUUCUCUCUUUUUCACUCUUCAUCUCCCUUUAUAUUUCUGUUCUUUGUUACAUGUGUAUUUCUGUAUGUGUGUCUCUGCUACUCAUGUUAUUGUCUGCUCUCUUUUGGUCUGGUCCUCCUGCCAACCUAGUUGCUACUGUUUCACUGUAGUGUUCCCGCUAGAAGAGGAAGCAAUCGUUUUCUCUCUUCUCCAGUUUCAUUUUUCAUCUAUCGCUCAUGCGCUCUGGUGUGCUUUUUAAAUACCCUGUAGAUUUGCAGAGCCUAAUAGAUACCCUUACCCUCUCUUUCUCUCCCCUACCUGUUCCCCUCUCUCCCACGUCCCUCUUUCCCCUCCCCCAUUUAUAUUCUUUCCCCUCCACUUUCUGCCCUCCGCUCCCACAUCCCUCAAUCCCUGCUCCCUCUUUUUCCCCUCUUCUCCUUCCUUUCCUCCCCCCUCUCUCUCCCAGCGGUAUGAGCAGGGUUUCAUCACAGACCCAGUAGUGAUGAGUCCUACAGACUGCGUGGCAGACGUGUUCCAGGCUAAGGCACGCCACGGCUUCUGCGGCAUCCCCAUCACAGACAGCGGCCACAUGGGGGGGCGCCUCGUUGGCAUCAUCUCCUCGCGGGACAUUGACUUCCUGAAGGAGGAGGAGCACACCCUGCCACUCAGUGAGGUAGGUGUGGCUUAACGCAUAUCACUGUGUUGAUCCAGUUAGUAUUUUUAAAUCGGUGUAAAUGUAUUUAGUUGACUUCCCUGCCAUUCUCUAACUCGCGUCCGAAGGUAAAUGCUAAUCUUCUUUUGUUCUCUCCUUUCCUUCACCACUACAGGUGAUGACUAAGCUUGAGGACCUUGUCAUAGCUCCAGCUGGAGUGACACUGAAAGAGGCCAAUGAGAUCCUGCAGAGGAGUAAGAAAGGUGAGGAGGCGGGAUCUGGGGAAAAGGGGAGAAGGUUCACCAUAAAAAGUGAACGAGACUGUCAUAUAGCCUACACCAACAUGCCUCGUGUGUUCGAGGGCCCCAUUCUAAACACCAUGUCUCUGUGUAGGUAAGCUGCCCAUAGUGAACAAGGAGGGCUGCCUGGUGUCCAUCAUCGCCAGGACGGAUCUGAAGAAGAACAGGGACUUCCCCCUGGCCUCUAAAGACUCACGCAAACAGCUGCUGUGUGGGGCAGCCAUCGGCACGCACAACGACGACAAGUACAGGCUGGACCUGCUGGUGCAGAGCGGCGUAGACGUGGUCGUACUGGUGGGUUACUGGUUCUCCUACCCAAUCUACUUGUUAUUCUCUUCAUGGAUACUUUCUCCAUCUUUUUCUUCUUUGAACUGUUCUUUAAAGGUGCAAUCUGCAGUUCUAACAAUAACAAAGCGGUAUACCCUGCCACUAUUGUGGUAAAAAGCUGAGGGAUGGGGCUGGAGAAAUGUAACCUUUCUCAAGACGGAGCUAUGGAUACAAGGACUGACCGUACAUGAUAUCUAAUUUAUAGUUUUAACCAUGUUUUGUGGCUAUACAGUGUUUGUUUACAAUUACAAUGUUUACAAACAAAGGAGUACGAUCAUUAAGUAUGACCAAUGAUGUGUAUGGGGUAUGGCAGUUGAACUAAAGCUAUUGAGGCAUCUAUAAGUUAUUUUAUUCAAUAAUCGGUGUGUAUAUAUAAUUAGUUACGUCUAAAAAUAGAUGUAGCAAUCACAGAUUGCCCCUUUAAUGUUGCUCUCAUUUGUUCAGGACUCCUCUCAAGGGAACUCGAUCUUCCAAAUCAACAUGAUUAAGUACAUCAAAGAGAAAUACCCACAGCUUCAGGUCAUUGGAGGCAAUGGUAAGUGGUGUACACACACACACACACACACACACACACACACACACACACACAGAAAGAGAGAAAUGCUCCAUUCUCAGAACUGCCUCAUUUCAUGAUUGCACUAUGCAACACCCUGUGACAUUGUUGAUCUGUCUGUCUCAGUGGUAACUGCAGCCCAGGCCAAGAACCUGAUCGACGCUGGGGUGGACGGCCUGCGAGUGGGCAUGGGCAGUGGUUCCAUCUGCAUCACACAGGAAGGUGAGUCCCACCAAUGGAAGACUGCCUAGCUCCCCCUCACCCACAGCAGCUGUAACCCAAUCGGGAGCCUCCAAUCUGCCCACCUUUCCGCUAACGACUGAAAUCGCCCUUUAGCCAAGUGUAGAAUUCUGUACAAAUGGUCCCAUCCCAUCCUGUAAAGAAUGGUAAAGGGUUUUUGCAGAAUCAAAUUGUGCUGCCAUGCUACAUUCUAAUACAGGCAAUUUAACUGAAUAAGACCGCCUGCUGAAUAACUGCAGUGUGCAACAUCCUCAAACUUCAGCCAAACCACUUCAGAUCAAAACGUUGAAAACCGACAAGGGGGUAGGUCCUUAGAAAUCACGCGCAACUCCCCCAUUAAUUGUCAGUCGUACCCUCUAUUUUCUGUUUCUCUUUCACCUCAUCCUCACAUUCCCCUCCCCUCUCUCUUAAUCAUGCUAUUCUAUCUCUGUCUUUCAUGAUCUGUUUUGGGUUUCUUCCUUAUUUUCUAUAUACAGCGCAUUCGGAAAGUAUUCAGACCCGUUUACUUUUUCCACAUUUUGUUACGUUACAGCCUUAUUCUAAAAUUGAUUUUUUUACAACUGAAAUAUCACGUUUACAUAUGUUUUCAGACCCUUUACUCAGUACUUUGUUGAAGCACCUUUUGCAGUGAUUGCAGCCUUGAGUCUUCUUGGAUAUGACGCUUCAAGCUUGGCACACCUGUAUUUGGGAGGUUCUCCCAUUGUUCUCUGCCGAUCCUCACUAGCUCUGUCAGGUUGGAUGGGAGUGUUGCUACACAGCUAUUUUCAGGUCUCUCCAGAGAUGAUCGAUCGGGUUCAAGUCCAGGCUCUGGCUGGGCCACUCAAGGACAUUCAGAGACUUGUCCCAAAGCCACUCCUGCUUUGUCUUGGCUGUGUGCUUAGGGUCGUUGUCCUGUUGGAAGGUGAACCUUCACCCCAGUCUGAGGUUCUGAGCACUCUGGAGCAGGUUUUCAUCAAGGAUCUCUCUGUACUUUGCUCUGUUAAUCUUUCCCUCGACCCCGACUAGUCUCCCAGUCCCUGCCGUUGAAAAACAUCCCCACAGCAUGAUGCUGCCACCACCGCGCUUCACCGUAGGGAUGGUGCCAGGUUUGCUCCAGACGUGACGCUUGGCAUUCAGGCAAAAUAGUUCAAUCUUGUUUCUCAUGGUCUGAGAGUCUUUAGAUGCCUUUUGGCAAACUCCAAGCGGGCUGUCAUGUGCCUUUUACUGAGGAGUGGCUUCCGUCUGGCCACUUUACCAUAAAGGCCUGAUUGGUUGAGUGCUGCAGAGAUGGUUGUCCUUCUGGAAGGUUCUCCCAUCUCCACAGAGGAACUCUGGAGCUCUGUCAGAGUUACCAUUGGGUUCUUGGUCACCUCCCUGACCAAGGCCCUUCUCCCCCGAUUGCUCAGUUUGGCUGCGUGGCCAGCUCUAGGAAGAGUCUUGGUGGUUCCAAACUUCUUCCAUUUAAGAAUGAUGGAGGCCACUCUGUUCUUGGGGGCCUUCAAUGCUGCAGACAUUUUUUGGUACCCUUCUCCAGAUCUGUGCCUCGACACAAUCCUGUCUCGGAGCUCUACGGACAAUUCCUUCGACCUCAUGGCUUGGUUUUUGCUCUGACAUGCACUGUCAACUGUGGGACCUUAUAUAAACAGGUGACAGCCUUUCCAAAUGAUGUCCAAUCAAUUGAAUUUACCACGGGUGGACUCCAAGUUGUAGAAACAUCUCAAGGAUGGUCAAUGGAAACAGGAUGCCCCUGAGCUCAAUUUAGAGUCUCAUAGCAAAGGGUCUGAAUAGUGAUGUAAAUUAGGUGUUUCAGUUUUUAUGUUUAAUACAUUUGCAAAAAAAUCUAAAUACCUGUUUUUGCUUUUGUCAUUAUGGGGUAUUGUGUGUAGAUUGCUGAGGAUUUGUAUUUAUUUAAUCCAUUUUAGAAUAAGGCUGUAACGUAAAGAAAUGUGGAAAGAGUCAAGGGGUCUGAAUACUUUCCGCAAGCACUGUAUCUCUUCCUUUUGUUUCUCCUUUCUCUUUGUACAUCUCUCUUCCUCAUCACCUCCAGUUCAUGUUUUGUUGUGUGGACCUCUGCUCGUUUGGUUUCACACUGCCUGUACUGUCUGUCUCUCUAGCGCCUCUCAGUGUUGCUCCUGGUAUAAAUCUCCACAGCCCCAAAACCCCAACUACUGUUACAGGAUACUGCAGUAAGUCCUUCCCACCGGGCCCCACUGGCCUGCGCAGGGCUCUUUCUCUCUAAUUGGCUCCACUACCACACUGUGCCCGCCUACCCCCCCCUUCACAGCCUGUCUGCAUUGGUUGGUUAACGGCUCUGCACCAGUAGAGGUAGUAGUCAAGCUGGCCUUGGGCGUUUGGGGUUUUGGAUGCUUGUACUUUGGUCCUUGAUUAAUCUGUCACUGUGACAUCACACCUCCCUUGUCUCGACAUCCUCAUCAUUACAAAUUUGUCACAUGGUUCGUAAACAACAGGUGACAACAGUGAAAUACUUACUUACGGCCGUUCCCAACAACGCAGAGAGAAAGAAAAUAGAGAAAUAAUAGAAAAGUAAAACACGUAAUAAUAAAUCAAAAAUGAGUAACGAUAACUUGGCUAUAUAAACGGGGUACCAGUACUGAGUCUGUGCAGGGGUAUGAGGUAAUUGAGGUAGAUAUGCACAUAUAACUAGGAAUAAAGUGACAGAUAAUAAACAGUAGCAGCAGCGUAUAUUUGAGGAGUCAAAGUUACUGCAAAAAGGAUCAAUGUAGAUGGUCCGGUUAACUAUUUAACUAACUAUUUAGCAGUCUUAUGGCUUGGGGGUAGAAUGGAUGCAUAUGAUGAAGUGUGUUUUAGUAGUGCGCUCGAGAUGCGUCCCUAAAUGCAGUGCACAAGCAUGUGAUGGACAGUCAGGUUUUCAUAUAUGAGUGGGGAGGGAGCCCGUAGCUCCACAUUAUACUGGUUGUUGUAACACAUUAAGGAAUCUACUUAUGUCAUUGUUAUCUAACACCCCAUUCACAUGUAACAGUCAUUGACUUAACAUAAACCUGACCUGUAACUUAAGAUUUACUAUGUGUUUGAUCAUAAUAAUAUUAUUGUACCUUUUGAGAAGGGGGAAAAAUAUGCAUGUCUUCAAAAGCUUUCUGGUAGUGCUGCUCUGCAAUUUAAUCCAUUCCUGUUCAGUAUUUAUGGUAAUUAUUUACUAAAUUUAAUCCAGUCCCAGUUAGCUCAUGGAUAUGCAUACCAAUCACAAAAAAAGGUGAGCACGAAGCUAACAUAAUAUUCUCCACUUCCUCUUUUGAUGUUUGCCUCAGACAUUCUAAUGAACUCAUUUUAGAGUAAGAGUUGAUUAAAAGAAUCUCGGCAGAACUGCUGGCUGGUAACAGGAUUAAUUGAAACUGUCACGGAGGAAAAGAGGCCAAUCGGCUGAUUCUCAUAUUUAGUGUUGAGGGAAGAAAGCCUGCAAAAAUAAGGCUUGUGCUUCCUGAAUACAAAACGUAUAAACUCUACUCCAACACUUUCUAAGACUUCCUCGGUUUGUUGUUUCUCUUUUUUCAUUUUAUGAAUGUUAUCUUCCCAAAUUGACAUCACAUUUGUAUAAUGUAGCCUAAUAUUGUGUGAGUGGUUGGUCUACUACUUGUUGAAUCAUGUCUGUGAAUGGGAAAUCCUAUCAUACUAAAUGAUUCUAAAGUUCUUUCCUGUCCCAUCGUCUUGCUAUGUAAUCAGUUUCAUAAUGAUUACAUUUAUCAGGUAAACACAAUGUUAAAAUCCCAUUUUAAUUAUAAAAUGAUCCACUCAAGCAAGCCAAAACCAUGUUUAAUCUACAGCAAAUCAACGAAAAUAUGAAUUAAUAUUCAAAUAAUACUGAUAUGAUGAAUUCACUUGAUAAACCAGGAAAUUACAACCUAAAAUGCAUGCAAAGACAGACUGUCUGCUGUGUGAGAAUGCCUAGUCUGUCUCUGAUGGGGGGGCUACAUGUGAAUGCUUGGCUGUAUAUUCCCCACCAUGACCUGUCAGCCUCAAUUGAACCAAGUGACACAAAAUAGGCCUCAAGCAGGCAUGAACAUUGCCACAAACCCCCUCCAUUAUUUUAUUUAUUUUUACAACUUUUGUGUGUUCUUUGUUCACGCCUGUCCUCCUUCCCCUGUUGUCUCAGUGUUGGCAUGCGGGCGUCCCCAGGCCACCGCCGUGUACAAGGUGUCGGAGUACGCCCGUCGAUUUGGAGUGCCAGUCAUCGCCGACGGGGGCAUCCAAACCGUGGGGCACAUCGCCAAAGCCCUGGCACUUGGGGCAUCUACAGGUGUCUCAGGCUCAAGUCAAAUACCCAUACACACACCAACUCUCAUUAGUCAAUAGUAUAUAGAAAGGAGAGAAACACGUAGCAUUAGCCAUUACGCGUAGCAUUAGCCAUUACGCGUAGCAUUAGCCAUUACGCGUAGCAUUAGCCAUUACGCGUAGCAUUAGCCAUUACACGUAGCACUUACAGGAUCACAUUUAGACACUGAUAUAGUAAUGUACUAACACACACACAUCCCUCUCAAAGCAUGAAAGGUACAUUCUCUGAUCUCUCCUCCCCGCUGUCUCUCCAGUGAUGAUGGGCUCUCUCCUGGCUGCCACAAGCGAGGCUCCAGGUGAAUACUUCUUCUCUGACGGCAUUAGGCUGAAGAAAUACCGAGGCAUGGGCUCACUGGAUGCCAUGGACAAGAACCUGGGCUCCCAGACCAGAUACUUCAGGUACUGAGUCAUAGUUAUACUAAUACACUAGUAAUACAGUAAAACAAAUAUGUAUUAUCCCCAGGAUUGUAUUCAUUAGGCACCAAAUGAUAUAAAACCGACAAACUGAGGUACUACCUGAACUUGUCCAAUAAGAAGCGCUUGUUGUUUCCCUUUGCAAAACGUUUUGCUACAGUCUCCCGAGUGGCGCAGUGGUCUAAGGCACUGCAUCACAGUGCUAGCUGUGCCACUAGAGAUCCUGGUUCGAAUCCAGGAGACCCAUGGGGCGGCGCACAAUUGGCCCAGCGUCGUCCAGGGUAGGGGAGGGAAUGGCCGGCAGGGAUGUAGCUCAGUUGGUAGAGCAUGGCGUUUGCAACGCCAGGGUUGUGGGUUCGAUUCCCACGGGGGGCCAGUAUAAAAAAACAUAUGUAUUCACUAACUGUAAGUCGCUCUGGAUAAGAGCGUCUGCUAAAUGACUAAAAUGUAAAUGUAAAAAUGUGUGCACUAAUCAAUUGGUCCUCUGUAGCUCAGCUGGUAGAGCACGGCGCUUGUAACGCCAAGGUAGUGGGUUCGAUCCCCGGGACCACCCAUACACAAAAAAAAUGUAUGCACGCAUGACUGUAAGUCGCUUUGGAUAAAAGCGUCUGCUAAAUGGCAUAUUAUAUUAUUAUUAUUAUAAUUAACACGACCCAGGGGCAACUAGCUUUGCAGCAGGCAGUCAACCAAAAGACAAAAAACAUAUAGCUGACCCAUCCUCUCUUUACCCCUUUCCUCCCUCUUUCUGCAGUGAGUGUGACAAGAUCAAGGUGGCUCAGGGUGUGUCGGGGGCGGUCCAGGACAAGGGCUCUAUCCAUAAGUUUAUUCCCUACCUGCUGGCUGGGAUCCAGCACUCCUGUCAAGACAUCGGAUCCAAGAGCCUCACCCAGCUCAGGUACACGCACGCGCACACAUACAUCUGAAUGUUUGUCAAAGUACGCCUACUUUGAUGCCGCCGCGUGUGUGAGCAUCGGGGCUCCGUGUAACACUGUCUUCCCCGUGCAGAGCCAUGAUGUAUUCUGGGGAUCUGAAGUUUGAGAAGAGGACGACAUCGGCCCAGAUGGAGGGAGGAGUCCACAGCCUGCACAGGUACUUAUUGAUGUGAUCUAGCUAGGCUGUGUUGACUAGCCCACAGUGCUGUCACAGAAGCUAACAUUACAAUAUAUUCUUUGCUUGGUGAGGGGAUUUUCUUAACAUCUCAGUUUCACAUACCACAUGCAAGCUCCUAGAUUUUAAAAUGGUUCCCCUUUCCAAACGAAUCUCACUUCAACAUGUUUAUAGGUCUGUCUGAUCUCAGUAUGAUGCAACAUGUUGGUAAUUCGUUACCAGAUCAUUCAUUUGUUAAACCUGUUCUUUUUUUUUCUUUUUCUUUCUUCUCUUGCAGUUAUGAGAAGCGCCUGUUCUAAGGAAGAGAACAACAGUAGUGGGCUGCAGACUUGAGUGUUCCUCAAGCAUACGCACAUGCAAGCACACACAACUACUUGACAACCCCCCUCACACACACACACAAA